CAUUGGUCGCUAUAGCAUUACAACAGGAAGUGGAACUAAGCAAUGUAACUAACCGCUAAAGGUGGAUAGUCAACAUUCUGCUCCGUUUCAAUCCUUUAGUCAUCAUGGCAGACAGGAGUCCAUCUAUCGUGGUUGUCGGUGCAGGUGUGGCAGGACUCGCUGCUGCCAAGAAGCUGAAAGAAUAUGGGUUUAAUGACGUCACGAUGCUGGAAGCCGCCGAAAAUGUUGGAGGAAGAGUAGCUACUGCAACUCUGGGUAAUGCAUGUGUUGACACCGGAGCGCAGUACAUCCAUGGGACGUCAGAAAAAAACCCAGUCUUCUGUCUACUAAAAUACCUUCUAAAUCAGCUCCCUGAGAUGGGCGAAGAAGUAUUUUACAAUAAUAAGGGGCACAAAGUGAAUGCAAACUUCGCCAGACGUGUGUAUGAAGACGGGGAGAGCUUCAUUCAAUACCGUGGCACGGGAAACUCAGGAAAGAGUUUAGGUGAACACUAUGCAGAGAAAACCCGCGGUGUGAUUGAUAGCUUGCAAGAAGCUGACGAGAAAGCAAAAAUGCAGAGUGUUUUUGCUUUGGUUGGAAAAGACAUGCUGAUUGACAUUGGUGCUUCAGACCUUCACCGAAUCUCUCUUGACUCGUGGCAGUAUUAUAUCGAUAUGGGAGACAGUGUCAAUAUUGCAGGGUUCAUGUAUCAGCUUGUGGAUCUACUAAAAGAAGACUUCCCUAAGGAUCGUUUGCUGCUGAAAAAAGAAGUCCGUACGAUCAAAUGGGAUGGAUCCUUCCCUUCUCCACGAAAUGAAGCUUCUUCUGAAGGAAAAGUCCGCCAGUACCCAGUUUGCAUUGUCUGUGAGGAUGGAGAGGAGAUUCUAGCUGAUCAUGUAAUAGUAACCGUUUCACUGGGCUGCCUAAAAGCACAAGCAUCCAGCCUCUUCACCCCCAGUCUUCCAACUGAGAAAAUUGAGGUCAUCAAUAAGCUGUGCUUUGGCAAUAUUGCCAAGAUCUUUCUGGAGUAUGAAGAGGCAUUCUGGGAGAAUGAUAUUGGUUCUAUCAGCUUUAUUUAUGAGGAUGACACCCCUGCCUCCAUUUCCACCAACAAAAUGCAGUGGCUCAAAAGCGUGCAGAGCUUUUCUGUCCUGAGCCCCAAAGAAAGGUUUGGAAAUGUUUUAAUUGGCUGGUGUCCUGGAGAAAUAGCAGACCUGGUGGAAACCAUGACAGAUAAUGAACUCUCAGCUGCUGUCACUGACCACCUCAAAAUGUUCUUUGGACCCAGUGCAAACAUUCCUCAGCCGAAAUCUAUACUGUGCACUAAGUGGCGCAGCAACAAAUUUGUGAAGGGAAGUUAUUCCUUUCUUCCUGUUGCUGUUGAUGGGCAAGUUAUGGACACAUUGGCACAACCACUAGAGGGCAGCCAGUUUCCUGAUGCACAUCUGCAGGUCAUGUUUGCAGGUGAGGCCACGAUGAAGACUCUUUAUGGCACAGUGCAAGGAGCUCUACUUUCAGGACACAGGGAGGCAGACAGACUGGCAGCACAUUAUAAGGAGAGAAUGGCUUCCACUGCAGCGUCAAUGGACAAGCACAUUUAGAGUUUAGAGUUUAAAUAUAUUACUUGUCUAAAAUUCAGAGUAGUGUUGCAAUCUGAACAAACCUACACCAUGAUGUUGCUAUGAAAAGUGUUUUAAUGAGAAAAGACUGAGAUGUACUGAUACUGUACCUUAAAUUUUAUUUUUGCCCACAUUUACAGUAAACAAUGCAGAAUCAGUUUCAAAUCGAAAUAUACCACGAUUUAAGAUAACUGUAUUAAGAGGAUGAGAAGUGGAUAAACUGGUUAUCUUAAGUCUCUUAUCUUGGUAUCUUAGUCAUGGAUGGUUGGAAAUGUGAUAUUUUUUAGGACACUGGUUUCCAAUUUUGACAGUAACCAUAAAAUUUUACAUACAUUCUGAGUAUGUGAAAACUUUCAGGUGUUAUAGAGUAAAAUGGGGUGGCGCAGUGAGUAGCGCUGUCGACUCACAGCAAGAAGGUCGCUGGUUCGAGCCUGGGCUGGGUCAGUUGGCAUUUCUGUGUGGAGUUUGCAUGUUCUCCCCGUGUCCGUGUGAGUUUCCUCCGGGCGCUCUGGUUUCCCCCACAAGUCCAAAAACAUGCACUAUAGGUGAAUUGGGUAAGCUAAAUUGUCCAUAGUGUAUAUGUGUGAAUGUAAAUAGAUGUUUCCCAGUGAUAGGUUGGAAGGGCAUCUGCUGUGUAAAACAUAUGCUGGAUAAGUUGGCGGUUCAUUCUGCUGUGGGAACCCCUGAACAAUAAAGGAACUAAGCCGGAAAGAAAUUAAUGAAUAAAGGGUAAACUAACAAAGAAUAAUAUUAGGAAUGAAUGAAGUUGCUCCCAUUGUUGUUUUCACUUGGUGGAUUUCCUCAGUCCAGUUUGACAAAUUGCAGUUAUUCGUAAUGUAAACUGUGUGUAAGUUACCCAACAAAAUGUACUCAAAGACUAAAACAGAAAAUUGACCCUACCUGAAACGUAUUUGCUUAUUUGAACGUAAUAGUGUGUCAAUCCAUGAAAAGUAAUCGGACCUUGAGCUGUGCUUUGCUUCAUAUCUGUUUUUGUACUUUCUGUUUAGAUUUUAAAAUAAAAUACAACAUGCUAGA